CAUCUAUACAGAUUUUAAGUCUGUGCUAGUGUAUACUAGUCGAUGGUAAAAACAAAAUUAUUGUUAGUUGCUCUACGUACGCCUUCUUAUGGAGGAUAAUGAAAACAAAAUCAGCUGACACUGUGUUCCAAGCAUCAAAUGCGUAUUUAUAAAUAACACGGGGAACAAGAGCAUUCUGUGCAUUAUUUUUUAGAAACAAACGAUCAAAAUGGUAGACAUGAAAAGUAAUGUAAGUUUUGCAUGUCAGCAAUGUCUACAACCGCUCAGGCUAGACCCGAGUUUUUAUCAUCUCGGAGAACACACACUAGCAGAACUUUCACGUAGUUCCCAUACAACAAGUGGUAGGUGAUUUAGAACCUCAAAGUGGAAGUAUGGAACAUCUUGUUCCUCCAUUUAGAUUAACAGAAUCUGCAAAUGGAAAUAAUGGAUUCAUGUUGGUUGGUGAUUCUGGGGAAACAGAAAGUCUAAGUCAUCAUUUAAAGGUACGGGCAACUCUGUUUGAUAUUCUCAGUAGUAGUAGCUCUGCUGAUCAUCCACUUUGUGAUGAAUGCACUGAUAGUCUCCUCCUAUUAAUGGAUCAGCAAUUAAGAAUGACAGAAGAAGAAUGGUCAGACUAUAACGAAUAUUUAAAGAAAUUAGAAAUGGAACAGCAGCAGCAAGGACAUGAGGAUAUUGAAAUGGAAACACUCACAAAAGAGCUUCAGGAUGUUAAAUCUGAAGAAGAAAGGAUGAUAAGUGAAUUAGAAGCACUAAAAAAAGAGGAACUGGCAACUAAGAAUGCUAUAGCUCAACAAGAAAGGGAAAGAGAAAGAUUACAAAGCGAGGAAGAGAGAUAUUGGAAAGAGUUUUCAAAACACAAAAGAGACCUUAUAUUAGCUGAAGAUGAGAAUUGCAGUCUGGAGUGCCAAUUAGCCUAUGCAGCUUCUCAGCUUGAGAGACUGGAAAAAACAAAUGUUUUCAAUGCUACAUUUCAUAUUUGGCACUCAGGACAUUUUGGAACUAUAAAUUCCUUCCGUUUAGGCAGAUUGCCAAGUGCACCAGUUGAUUGGAGUGAAAUAAAUGCUGCUUGGGGACAGACAACCUUGCUGUUAACAGCACUUGCUCGAAAAAUGAAUCUCACGUUUAAACGUUUCCGUUUAGUGCCAUUUGGUAAUCACAGUUACAUAGAAGCCUUAGACCAACACAGAGAACUACCUUUAUAUGGAAGUGGAGGAUUUAAAUUUUUGUGGGACACAAAGUUUGAUGCAGCUAUGGUGGCCUUUCUAGAUUGUUUACAACAAUUUAAAGAGCAAGUAGAGAAGGGUGACAGUGGAUUCUGCCUCCCGUAUAGAAUGGAUCGCGGGAAAAUAGAAGAUUCUGCAACAGGCAACUCUUACUCCAUCAAAAUACAAUUUAAUUCAGAAGAACAAUGGACCAAAGCACUGAAAUUUCUUCUGACAAAUUUAAAGUGGGGUCUUGCUUGGGUCAGUUCCCAAUUUGCAAAAGAUGAAUCUGAGCAUUGACUUAAUACCAGUUUACCUCGAUUCAUCCAGCCCUUAAUCAUACAUCUCUUUCACAUUCACUUGUGUACAUACAUGUUCUUUGUAAAUAAACUCAGUUAAAGGA